UGCAAGUGGGAUUUUUCUGCCACCGCCUUGGCGGCAGUUGAAUCAAUCAGCCUUCUCCCGUCCCCUCUUUUUAAACCACUCGAGCCCCGCCCUCCUUUUUUCUUACCUCUCUUUCCUCAUCCAUUCUUCUCUCUUUCUUUUUACGACUCCCUCUAUACCGUUUCUCCCCUCAUUUUUUCAGACCAUCGUCACCAUGGGCUCAGUCGCUACCCCCAAUGGAACUUUCCUGUUCACCUCCGAGUCCGUUGGACGCGGUCACCCCGACAAGAUCGCGGACCAGAUCUCCGAUGCCAUCCUCGAUGCUUGUCUCGCUGAGGACCCGCUCUCCAAGGUCGCUUGUGAGACCGCCACCAAGACUGGUAUGAUUAUGGUUUUCGGUGAGAUUACCACCCAGGCCAGACUCGACUACCAGGCCAUCAUCCGUGGUGCCAUCAAGGACAUUGGUUACGAUGACUCCGAGAAGGGUUUUGACUACAAGACCUGCAACGUCUUGGUUGCUAUUGAGCAACAGUCGCCCGAUAUUGCUCAGGGUCUCCACUACGAAGAGGCCCUCGAGAAGCUCGGUGCUGGUGACCAGGGUAUCAUGUUCGGUUAUGCCACCGACGAGACCCCUGAACUCCUUCCCCUCACCCUCGUCCUUUCCCACAAGCUGAACGCUGCCAUGACCACUGCCCGCAACGACGGCUCCAUCCCUUGGCUCCGUCCCGACACCAAGACCCAGGUCACCGUUGAGUAUGCCCACGACAACGGUGCCGUCAAGCCCCUGCGUGUGGACACCGUUGUCGUCUCUGCCCAGCACAGCGAUGAUGUGACCACCGAAGAGCUCCGCGCUGUCAUCAAGGAGAAGAUCAUCAAGAAGGUCAUCCCUGCUGAGCUCCUUGACGACCGCACCGUCUACCACAUUCAGCCCUCUGGCCGCUUCGUCAUUGGCGGUCCCCAGGGUGAUGCUGGUCUUACUGGCCGUAAGAUCAUUGUCGACACCUACGGUGGUUGGGGUGCCCACGGUGGUGGUGCUUUCUCCGGAAAGGACUACUCCAAGGUCGACCGCUCCGCUGCCUACGUUGGCCGCUGGAUUGCCAAGUCUCUCGUCGCCGCCGGCCUUGCUCGCCGUGCCCUCGUCCAGCUCUCCUACGCUAUUGGUGUCGCCGAGCCCCUGUCUCUCUACGUCGACACCUACGGCACCUCUGAGAAGACCUCUGAGGAGCUCGUCCAGAUCAUCCGCAACAACUUUGACCUCCGCCCCGGUGUCAUCGUCCGUGAGCUUGACCUGGCCAAGCCCAUCUACUUUGAGACUGCUCAGAACGGCCACUUCACCAACCAGAAGUUCUCCUGGGAGCAGCCCAAGGCCCUUAAGUUCUAAGCUCGUCGCUUAGGCUUGAAUCCCCUAUGACAUAUCUUCCUCAUCUCUUUUUACGAUUGUAAUGAUUCCUGCUUUGUUUCAACAACUCAAAGCGCAGCAUAGACAUGUCAAAACAAAAAGCACAUUUUGUUUCCUUUCCUACUGUCUGACUAUUUCUUUGCAUGGUCCCUGCGGGGAUCAGGGUUGCGCGGAUAAAUUCAACAUGAUACCACUGGGAGGGAUGUACCGGCGUUGCUUGGGAGCGAUUAUUCAACACGAGAGCCUUUUUGAGCUCAGCAUCUCGUCUGCAGGCUAGGUCCUGCAUGCUAAUCUAAACAUUGGCAAUCUAGAGUAAUAAUAUAUAACUUGCAUUAUAUGC